CUUCUUUCAAAACAACUAUCAGUUUGAACAACAAUUAUUAAUAACUAAUAACGCAAGUUUUGCAUCAUCGAUUGACAACACGUUGGUCAAAUUUCUUUAUAGUAAUUAGAAGCCGAAAAUUUCUUUAAGUUAUACUAUGACAAUGUUUAAACUGCCUGAAUGGUCGAGUAGGAGAUCAGACGCUGUUGUAGCAUUGUCGACACAGUCGACGAACAACUUUGACAACAUUAACAAACAUACUGAAGAAAGGAGGAUGUCUGCUGCAGAAUCUUUACUUAUGUUAUCACCAAAUGUCAGGCCGACGACAAGCUCUUCAAAAUCGAUGAGCCAAUCUAUUCCACAAGCAAAUACAAUGCAUAAAGCCAGGUCAAAUAGUAUAAUAGGUAGUCUACCACCUAGUCCACCAUGGUCACCUGCGCCCGCAACCCCGAUUGCAUUCCCAUCACCUAGAGUCAUCCCAUUAAGGAAGAGCAGCAGGGACAAUUCUUCACCGGGAUCAUCACUAAAUGAUGAUCCUCUCGACUUAGAUGCUGAUGCUCCUUUCGAGCUAGAUCAAGUCGAUGAAGAAGACGUUGACGAAGAAAAGGAGCAGGCAGAGUCACCUGUCGUAUUCAAUAUGGACAGUUUUAAAGUCCCCGGUCAUGCCCAACCAAUGACGAAAACUUCUAGCAAAACUAGCAGUAGGUCUUCAAGUAGGGGUAGAAGAUCAUCGAAAGCACCCGAUGAUGAGAGGGGUAGAUCCAGACAUAAAAACUCAUCAAAAUCAAGAAGCUAGCAUUAGGAGUUAACAUGUUAAGCCUUUUAAAGCUUAACAAGGAUUCAACACAAACCCUAAUAUCAUCAUCCGCCAAAAUAGCAUUGUUACAUAUUAUACACACUUCAAUGACGCAUGUUUCGUUCAAUUCAACUUGUAAUGUAUGCAAUAUAUGAGAAUGUAUAAAGAAAUAAUAAUAUAUGACAACAACAAUAUUGAAUAUAAAUGCGACGUUAUAUUUAUGCUAGUGACUUUUAUUGUGCUACCACUGGUUCCCCAAAGCCUGUUGAGGGUGCUGAGCGAUAAGGCAUUCCGAAGUAAUCCGCUGUUCUAGUGAAAACUGUAUUACCCCACCAAUCUAUAUUU